UGAGAUAGAUAGAGAGGGGAAGAGAGAGAUAGAGAGUGGAGGAGGAGAAGAGAGAGAUAGAGAGAGAGAGAGAGGGGAAAGGGCGGGGCGGGGCGGGCCAUUUGAGUUUUCUUUCUCUGUCCCUCUGGCGUCGCCGUUACAUGGUGUUGGGCCCGCCAUCACCAUGGUUUCGGACCAGGAGAUCGCCAGCUGCGUUGAGUCGGUCCUCCGGCAGUCCGACCCCGCCGCUGCGUCGCUACCCGACGUCGUGCGCCAGGUCGAGGCCAAGCUAGGGCUCGACCUCUCCCACAAGGCCGCCUUCAUCCGCGAUCAGAUCGAGCUCCUACUCCGCCCCUCCGUUCAUCCUCUCCCUCCUCAUCCCCAGUCGCAGGCCGCCGCCGGCCCCCAUAACCCCUACAUCCUCCUCCACCACCUCCCUCUCCAGCAGCAGAUCCCCCCUCCCAAGCCCACAUCCUCCGCCGGCGUCGCUGCCCCGGCCCCAUUUCCCCAACACCACCACCCCGGCAUCGCCUUCCAGUAUCCCCCGCCCCCGCCUCUGCCCGCUGCUGCCGUCGUGGCGGCGUACCACCUCCAGCAGCAGCUCCACCAGGCGCCACAGGGGGUCCCUGCUGCUGUCGGGCUUGCGCCCGUGACUGUGGCUAUGGCUGCGCCGAAGGAAAGUGCGCCACCUAGGGCUAAAAGAAAAGGUGGUCCUGGGGGUCUGAAUAAAGUUUGUGGUGUUUCACCUGAACUGCAGCCCAUUGUUGGUGAGGCAGCAAUGUCAAGGACUCAGAUCGUAAAGCAGCUAUGGGCUUACAUCCGAAAAAACAAUCUGCAAGAUCCUAAUAACAAGAGGAAGAUCAUCUGCAAUGAUGAACUACGGCGGGUGUUUGAGACAGAUAGUACUGAUAUGUUUAAGAUGAACAAGCUGCUAUCCAAGCAUAUAAUUCCACUUGAUUAUCCAAAGGAUACAGGUGCUGAAUCCAAAAAACUAAAGGCUGCAGAUGUUUCUGCAACUGAAAUUACCAAACCUGAUUCUGAUGAAUAUCCUAUGGUUAUUUCUGAUUCACUGGCCAAAUUUUUUGGAAGGGAAGAAAGAGAAAUUCUCAAAUCUGUGGCUCUGAGUCGUGUAUGGGAUUACAUAAAAGCCAACCAGCUGGAAGAUUCUGCAAAUUCAUCUAUUCUCUGUGACCCCAAGCUUCAAGAACUAUUUGGUUGCGAGAGCCUUCCUGUCUCAGGGAUAUCUGACUUGUUGGCAAACCAUUUAUUAAAGAAGUCGUAAUACUAUCCAGUAACUGGUAUGUGGUUCAGUUGCAUCAGCUUGAUCUAACACUUACAGAGAGCUGGAAAAAGAACCCUAUUGUAAUAUGUACUCUUGCUGACUGUAUGUGAUGAUGAUAGUCUGAUUAGUUUCUUGUUAGGAUGUUGUGUAAUUUAUUUAGCAGUAGUGAUCCAAAUGAUGAUAGUUGACCUUGAAUACUUGGUUUCCAGUCUUAGACAAUCAGCAUCUGACUUAAAUGGCUCUGACAAACUUUUGCUUUAUGUAAGUGAAAUAUUUUGAGUAAAUAUGAAUACCAAAUUGCAGA